UGAUCCAGCGAGAAGAGGAGGAAUUACGAGACGACGUCCCUAAGUCCCCUACUCAUCGGAGCACACGUAUUCGGCUUCACUGCACGAUGUCGCCCUUGUCUUUCCUACGCGCAACUUUGAGCGCAGGCAUCCUCGCCUUCUCGCUCAUGGAUCUCCCUUCGGCAAGGGCACAGACGUCCUUCGACUGGAACUCUGUCACACCGAGCAACAGUUUGAAUUGGAUCAGCUGCUACUCCCAGUUGACCCAAUGUACUCGGCUCAACGUUCCUUUGGAUUAUUCGAAUCCGAGCGCAGGUUCUGCUGCUAUUGCCCUAAUUCGCAUCGCAUCUCCCUUGGGCCUCUCGGGCUCACCCGCGUACCGCGGCCCAAUCCUGUUCAACCCAGGAGGACCUGGCUCAAGUGGUGUCAACGCAGGACUCGCUCUCGGGUCCGCCAUCCAGGGAGUCUUUGGCCAGGCGUUCGAUUUGGUCAGCUUCGAUCCUCGGGGCAUCGGCCACUCAACCCCAUCCAUUUCUAUCUUCACCUCGGACGUGGAAAGAGCAUCUUUCGAUUUAGGGGCCCACUCCCUGAACACGGAAACGACCUCUAGCUCGACCCUCACGGAGCGCUGGGCGAAGAUUCAAGUCUUGGGGAGCCUCGCCAGGGAUCGCAGUGCCAACGUUAUCAGCCAUAUGACGACGGACAACGUAGCAAGAGAUAUGCUUAGGAUUGUUGAAGCUCAUGGCAGAGAAAAACUGCAGUAUUGGGGCAUCUCGUAUGGAAGCGUUCUCGGGGCAACGUUUGCUGCUCUAUUCCCGGACAAAGUCGAACGCUUGAUCAUCGAUGGUGUUCUCGACCUGCAACGUUACUACUCUGGGGAUGGGCGCAAUCAUGUCGUUGAUGCCGACAAGGCCCUUCAAGCCUUCUUCGAUGCUUGCGCCGCCGCCGGGCCGCAGGCUUGCGCAUUCCACUCACCCACAGCUGCAGCCAUCAAACGACGCCUCAACAAGCUCUACGAGCGUGUCCUUCGCCAGCCAGCCCCUGCCUACUCCGCUUCCUUGCAGAAAUAUGGCGUCGUUGACUUCGUCACACUUAAGAACACCAUCCUUACCGCUCUGUAUACACCCUCAGAGUCUUUCGCCCCUCUCGCGAGAGGGCUGAAAGCUCUCGAGGAUGGGGAUGCGAGCGUGCUAUACCAGCUCCCGAGGCUCAAUUCGGAUGAAGUCUUCGCAUCGGUUAUGUGCUCUGACGGGAAUGCAGUAACGGAUUCUGCAGCCCAAGUGGCGAAAUAUGCUGAGACUAUUAGUCGCCUGUCGACCUUCUCGAGCCUCAUAUCCUCGAUCAGGCUUUUGUGCUCGGGCUGGAAAAUCCAUCCGAACAGCUUCAAAGGACUACUCUCUGGCAACACGAGCUUCCCGCUGCUGAUCAUCGGGAACACUGCAGACCCGGUGACCUCUCUCUCUAUGGCAAAGAAAGCGUCGCGAGCGUUCCCUGGAUCCGCCGUUCUCACGUACGAUAUCCCUGGGGACACCUCUUUCGCCUGGACUUCAUUAUGUGUCAUUGGCCACGUCCGGGCGUACUUCCAGAAUGGCACCUUGCCAGCGAAAGGUGCUAUUUGCAACGACACUGUGGUUCCAUAUUUUUCUUCGACGUCUACAACUAACGCGACGGGCUUGGUCAACGAGAGGCGAGACUCGUUGGAUGAGAUUGUCGACGUGCUAAGGCGGGCGGACAAGAGGGCGCUGUUCAACGCCUCCUAGU